CAAUCAUGCCUUUGGGUUUGUAUAGUUACAGAUCCUUCCAGCGUUGAGCUUUGGCGUUUCUCUUCUCAGGCAGCUCUCAUUCGCGCGUUUAAUCCAUCCGAUCUGGUUCUUUCCUCACCGUAAUUUGAUAAUUGAUCAAUCAGAAAUUUUGGCUACAAUGGCGACUCGUUACUGGGUGGCAUCCCUCCCCGUCGGCCAGGGUUCAUCUUCGUCCUCUUUAUGGAGCCGCCUUCAAGAAUCCAUCUCCAAACAAGCCUUUGACACCUCUCUUUACAGAUUCAACAUUCCAAAUCUGCGUGUUGGGACGUUGGAUUCGUUGUUGGCUUUAAGUGAUGAUCUUCUGAAGGCAAACAACUUUAUUGAAGGAGUGUCACACAAAAUCCGAAGACAGAUUGAGGAAUUGGAGAGGGUCUCAAGGGUCGUGAGUAGCUCUCUUACUGUCGAUGGGGUUCCUGUUGACUCUUACCUCACGAGGUUUGUAUGGGAUGAGGCCAAGUAUCCAACAAUGUCACCAUUGAAGGAGAUUGUGGAUGGUAUUCAUGUUCAGAUCGCAAAAGUUGAGGAUGAUCUCAAGGUUCGUAUUGCUGACUUAGCUGUUCGUGACCUUUCCAAUUUGGUGAAGCCACAAGACAUCAUUAGUUCAGAACACUUAACAACCCUCCUUGCUAUUGUUCCAAAGUACUCCCAAAAAGAUUGGUUAUCAAGCUACGAGACACUGACAACUUAUGUGGUCCCAAGAUCCUCCAAGAAGCUCCACGAGGACAAUGAAUAUGCUCUGUAUUCCGUAACAUUAUUUAGCCGUGAUGCUGACAAUUUCAGAACUAAGGCACGCGAAAGGAAUUUUCAAAUUCGUGAUUUUGAAUAUAACUCAGAAACACAAGAAAGUCGGAAGCAGGAGAUUGAAAAGCUGGCGACAGACCAGGAAUCAUUGAGAAGCUCUUUGUUGCAAUGGUGCUAUGUCAGUUAUGGCGAGGUUUUUAGCUCAUGGAUGCACUUUUGUGCUGUACGUGUUUUUAGUGAAAGCAUUCUGCGCUAUGGUCUGCCCCCUUCAUUUCUGUCUGUUGUAUUGUCACCGUCAUUGAAAAGUGAGAAGAAAGUCCGUUCAAUUCUGGAGGGACUCUCCAGCAGCUCAAGCAGCACAUACUGGAAAACCGAGGACGAUGGAGGCAUUGUUGGUGGCUUUGCAGGCGAUGCAGAUUCUCAUCCUUAUGUCUCCUUCACCAUCAAUCUUAUUUAAAUCUGAGGCACUGAUAUUCUUUAUCCAUUUCACAUUAUUUAUCACGGUCUUCGAAAAUAAAGUGCAAAUACUACACUUGUAUCGUACAAGUAAAUUUAUCUGAUUCAUUUCUUCUUUCAGAGGUUCAUAUUAUCGUCUCGUAACAGAGUUGUAUCGAAUUUCUUGAUUGAAUUGAGUUGGUGAGAUUUUGUAUCGAAAUAAACUCUCUUUUACAAUUAUAAACAUGACGGUUACCGAUUAGCCUAGCAAACAUGAUAGUGUUCCUUUAAAGGUUGGUUUUACAACUAAUCUUCGCUUUAGAUUCUGACCACCCGACGAGGAAUGCACAUCGACAUGAAAAG